GGAGAAUGCUGUUCCUUCUGCUUUGUGCCAUUAUCCUGGGUGUCUCUGCGGACUGCAAGAAUGAGAGUGGUUGGAGUAUGGAGACCCCGGACAAGACGACGGGGAGAGAAGGGAAGCUUCUGGUUCUGUUCUGCAAAUUCACUCACCCUCACCAUGAAUACAGAGGCAACAUCAGCAUCAUCUGGAAGGAAAAGAACUCAUUGAUUUUCAAUUACAUAAAUUAUCCAUUGAAACCUGGGUUUGCAAAUCAGGUCCUGGUGAACAAAGAAGAGCACUUCCAACCUCUGGGGAACGGACGAGAGAACGACGCUUCCAUAAUCAUUAAACAUCUGAAGAGUAGGGACACAGGAAAGAAGUACAUCUGUCGUGUCGAACUCACAGAAGAGCCCAGAGCAAAAUUUCAGGUGGAUCAUGGAGCCCUCGAGGUAGCAGCUGUCCAAGCUUUCAGAGGAUCAUCAGUGAUUGGAAAGAGGGGAGUUUCAGCCACACUGCCUUGCUCCUUCAAACUCCCUAACAAGAAUCUCAUCUCCAUUACUAUCCUCUGGAUGAAGGGGAAUCCACGGAGGGAGUCCGUUGUCUUUAAUCACACGCGUUCCCACUCCGCGGCCCCUGCCUACACCGACACUGUAAAUGAAGCAGAUCGAUAUAAGCUGGUGGGGAACCCAGACCAGGGAAAUGCCUCCAUCAGUGUGAGAGGUCUCAGAAUGAACGACACCAGCGACUAUUUUUGUCAUGUUUGGGUCAGGAGGUCCAAACGGAAGACGGUGACUCAGGAUGAGACGAGAUUGCAGGUCGUGGUCCCAGCUACCAUCCUGAAUCUGUCUGUUGUGACUAAUGUCACUGGAGACACCCUCAUGUGCAGGGCUGAAGGGGAGCCACCUGCAAACAUCACAUGGAUUGGCCCUGGGAACAGCAUAUUGUCCGUGAACAGCAGUGAGAUGAGAGUCAUCCAAGAUCUGGAGAUACAUCAGACUGUGGGAGAGCUGCUUCACCCUAGGCUGAGAGGGAGCUACAACUGUGUGGCCGUGAAUGAACACGGGACAGACACCCGUGAGAUCCACCUACCCGAGGAGGGAAUGAAUGUAUUGACGCUGGCCCUCUACAUUGGAUCAUCCAUUUCAGCAGUGGUUGUUCUUUUGAUUGCUUUUGCUGUCUGGUCUUUGAAGAAAGAUUCACGACAGCGUGGAAGCUGUGUUGAUUCCAGUGCGGCAAAUGAUCUGAGAUCAGAAGGAGUAGAGCCAGAUUUGCAGCUUGAAAGGGACCCUAUUCACAAUGUUGUGGUUCAACAGCAGAGACAGAAAACCAAAUAACUCCCCAGAGGGCUCCACGCCAGAACAAAUGGACAACCAGAACGAUCCCCAGGAAUCUCCCGAUCAUCAUCUCUACUGCACUGUGAACAUUCAAAGACAUUCACGAGCAGAGAUGGAUCCCCAGGAGGCUCCAGGUCUGCCUAUUUACAGCACCGUGCAGAUUCGAAAACGUUCCGAGCAGAGCAGGAGACAGAUCUCCAGGAGUCCCCGAGUCACAAUAUCUACAGCAAUGUCCACGUUCGAUGUCCACAUCCACCCCCCAGUGUACAGGCUGAGACAGCUGUGAUUUAUGCAACGGUUGUCCAUUCUAACGAAAGGUCCCUGGAUGUGAAUGUAGAUUAAAUCUCCUGCGGGUGACAAACCGCCCUGGUAUUUUAGGACAACGUUGAAAAAGAUACAGAUCAUCGGUUGAACUGGAACUCUGAGACUUGGCAUCGUCUCUCACAAUGCCAGGAUGCCUCAGAGCAAUUUAUUACCAGUGAGGUGCUUCUGAAGUGCAAAUGCUAUUGUAAAGUAGGAAAGCAAUGCGCAGCAAGAUUCUGAUGCAGGGUCUCGACCCAAAAUAUCGACCAGCCUCUGCCUCCACAGAUGCUGCCCAACCCGUGAGUUCCUCCAGAUUCCAGCAUCUACAGUGUCUUGUCUCCACAGCCAGAUUCCACUGAAAAAUGGUAAUGAGUGGGUAUUGUUUUGAUGAUUUUUGGUUCACAAGUAAAUAUUAGGGCCAGGAUAUUUGUAAAAUAUUUCCCUAGGUAUCUUCAAACCCUGCAACCAUCACAUUGUUGUGAAAUUGGAAGCCAGUGCACCUUUUGCAGAAGGAAAUUAGCUGUCCUUGCAUGAGUUGAGGCCCAUGCAAGGUAACUCCUUCCUUUCUGUGCCUGUCUUCAGCAAGUGACUCGGUUCAAGGACAAUUAUGGAUGGACAAUAAAUGCCAGCCCACCCAGAACAAGAACAAUUCCCUCUGCUCGAUAUUUACCUUAGUCCCUGCCAAUCAUUAUAUUACAGAAUUUUAACCCUCCCAAGUAUUUGCACUGGUCUCUGCACCUUGUUAUGACUGAAGAUGUAAGAAACAUUAGAACAUAGAGCGUAGAACAGUACAGCACAGGAACAGGCCCUUCAGCCCACAAUGUUGUGCUAAACUAAUUAAACUAGUAUUAAAUGCUAAACUAAUCUCUUCUGCCUACACAAUGUCAACAUCCCUCCAUUCUCUGCACAUUCAUGUGCCUAUCUAAGUACCUGUAUGAUAUCUGCCUCCACCAUCACCCCUGGCAGCACAUUCCAGGCACCCGCCACUCUUUGUAUAAUAAAAAAAACUUUGGCCCUCACAUCUCCU